GCCGUUUCCCCCCCUUAUAAUCCGCCAAACGCCUCCUCUUCCUACGAGACUCCACUCGCGAUCCGAAGAUCUUAGAGCAUCCCAGUUGCACAUCCACAUCCAGAACUCCAAACUCUGAUCACAGAACACAGAACCCCGAACACCAGCAUGUCGGACGGCAUUGAGGUCGAGCAAAUGGUGGAGAGCAAGCCGAGAAGGAUGCCGCUGGCCACGUCGCUGGAGAAGGACUCGAUCCGCGAGGCCUACGAGGAUGUGCGCUCUGAUCUCACGGACACCGAGUGGGCGGUGUUCAAGUUCGAUGGGGCCCAGAUCAUCGUCCAUGGACGCGGCCAGUGCUUCGAGGAGUUCCGGCAGCAGUUCGGCGACUCGGAACGUGCCUUCGGCUACAUACGCAUCCAGAUGGGCGACGAGAUGUCCAAACGCAAGAAGUUCAUCUUCCUCACGUGGAUCGGCCAGGAGGUGGGCGUCAUCCAGCGGGCCAAGAUGUCCACGGACAAGGCGCUGAUCAAGGAUGUGCUUAAUAACUUCGCCGUGGAACUGCAGGCGGGCGUGGAGGCCGAGCUGGACAUUGAGCUGUUCCGGGAGGCGUUGAACCGGGCCGGCGGUGCCAACUACGGCACGGGCAUCCGGGAUAACUAACUAACGGCCUACAAGUUACUUUAUAUACAUUUUUUUUUUUUGCAUCUCUCAACCGCUUACCAAACACUCUGAUCCUUUCUCUUUAAUUAUUAUGAAUUAAUUUUAUGAAAUUUAAAAACUGUACAUUUUAUGUAAUAUUAUACAAGCAAUUGUAACAUUA